AGGAGACUGAUAGCAGCUUUCCAUUAACUGCUGCUCCUAUCAACAUGUUGCAUGCUGACAUCAAAGAAGAGGUCCCUGAAGAAAACAAUCCUGAUGUGGACCAGCAGGAGCUGCAGCUUCUCUACACAAAGGAGGAAGGUGAAAGAAUCUGUGGCAGCCAGAAAGGAGAGCAAGAGAAUUUGAAGGAGGAGACUGAAGAUACCAGGUUUCCAUCAACUGUUGUUAAUAUGAAGAGUGAAGAGGAUGAAGAGAAACCUCCAUUCUCUAACUAUAAUGAACAGCCGACAGAAGUCAGAGAUUUUACAACCAGCACUUCAGUUGACUGUAUAAAAGUGAACAAUAAAGACGGGGACUCAAAUGUGGAUUCAAUGAAAAAAGUUCACUUAAGAAUCCAUGCGGGAGAGAAACCUUUUGGUUGUGAUGCAUGCAGUAAAAGGUUUUCCAACAAGUCAAAUUUAAAAGCACACAAAAUAAUCCACACAGGGGACAAACCGUUUGGAUGUGAUGCAUGUGGUAGAAGAUUUUCCUGGAAGUCACAUUUAAAAAGACACAUGAAAAUCCACACAGGAGAGAAACCAUUUGGCUGUGAUGCAUGUGAUAAAUACUAUUCCUCAAAGUCAGGCUUAAUUAAUCAUAUGAGAAUUCACACAGGAGACAAACCUUUUGGUUGUGAUAUAUGUGGAAGGAUAUUUUCCAGAAAGCCGUAUUUAAAAACACACAUGAGAAUCCACACGGGAGAAAAACCUUUUGGUUGUGAUGCCUGUGGUAAAAGAUUUGCCGACAAAUCAUCCUUGUAUAACCAUAGGAGAAUCCACACAGGAGAGAAACCUUUUGAAUGUGACGCUUGUGGAAAAAGAUUUGCCUUUAGGAAAAAUUUAAAAAGACACAUGGACACCCACACAAGAGACAACCCCUUUGGUUGUGAUUGUUGUGGUAAAAGAUUUUUCCUUAACAAACAAUUAAAAAGACACUUAACAACCCAUACAGGAGAGAAACGUUUUGAUUGUGAUGCAUGUGGGAAAAUAUUUUCCAGAAAGUCACAUUUAAACCUGCACAUGAGAAUCCAUACAGGAGAGAAACCGUAUAGUUGUGUUGUAUGUGGGAGAAGAUUUUCCACUACAUCACAUUUCAAAACACACAUGAGAAUCCACACAGGAGAGAAACCUUUUGGUUGUGUUUUAUGCGGAAGAAGAUUUUCCAGAAAGUCAUAUUUUAAAACACACAUGAGAAGCCACACAGGAGAGCAACCCUUUGGUUGUGAUUCAUGUAGUAAAAGAUUUACCAACAAGACAGCCUUAAAUAGUCAUAUGAGAUCUCACACAAAAGAGAAGCCCUUUGGUUGUAAUGUAUGUGGUAAAAAAUGUUCCUCAAUGUCAGAAAUAAGCAAACACAUUAGAAUUCACACGGGAGAGAAACCCUUUGGUUGUGUUACUUGUGGAAAGAGAUAUUUCUCAAAUUCAGACUUAAAUAAACACAUGAAAAUACACAUUGGAGAAAAAGCUUUUGUUUGUGAUGCUUGUGGAAAAAGAUUUAACCUCAAGUGUCAUUUAAAAAAACACAUGAUGAUCCACACAGGAGAGAAACCCUUUGGUUGUGAUGCAUGUGGUCAAAGAUUUUCCUGUAAGUCACAUUUAAACACACACACAAGAAUCCACACAGGAGAGAAAGCUUUUGGUUGUGAUGUUUGUGGGAGAAGAUUUUCCUCAAAUUCAAAUUUAAAAGCACACACAAGAAUCCAUACAGGUGACAAACCCUUUGGCUGUUAUACAUGUGGAAAAAGAUUUUCCACCAAUUCACAUCUUAAAAAACACAUAGGAAUUCACACUGGUGAGAAACCCUUUGGGUGUGAUGCUUGUGGUAAAAGAUUUUUCUCAAAUUAUGACUUAAAUAGACACAUGAAGAUGCACAUUGGAGAGAAAUCUUUUGGUUCGAGGCAGCCGAAAUUAUAAAGUCUAACAGCAGCUAGGAGGAAAGACUUAUAGAAGUACUCUAUACAGCAUGUGGGUUGCAGCAGUCUGUUGAAAGAGCUCUCCAGUUCCAUGAGUGUGAGGUGUAGACAGGGCUCUGACUAGUAAGUGCUUUGAGACUUUUAACUCUACUCUUUGAGCAAUGGGUAGUCCAUGUAAGGACCUCAGAAUGGGAUUAAUAUGAUUGUACUUUGUUUUUGUAAGGAUUGUAGAAGUAGUAUUUAGAAUUUUGAAUAUGUUUUAGUUGUCUUAUUGAUUUUUUUUGACAGUCCUGUAAAAACAGUGUUACAAUAAUAGUCUGCUGAAAACAAAUGAACACAUUUUUCAAAGUCUUGUUCUGACAAUAUCUAUUUAUGUGAUAAUAUGGUGUCUUAAUGAUACAUUUAAUGUUAUUGUUGAGAUUCAGGUACAUGAUAAUGCCAAGGUUUCUAGCUUUGUCAGAGCUCUUUAGACCAAUGAACUGAAGGUGGGCACUGAAUUCUAAUCUAUUCUGUUUUGGUCUGCUGUGGAAAAUUUUAUUGAUGUAUGUAACUCUGAUAAUGCCUUGUCUGGAUGCACCUGCAUAACUUUCCUGUAUGAAAUAAGCUCACAUGCUUACAGAUUUACUAUUGUGUUUUCUUUAUCCAAGGACACAGAGGAGUUGUGUUAGAUAGGAACUGGAUCGUACCAGUGGCUGCACUCCUCUGAAGAUUACUCCCACUUCCUAUGUUAACCCAUGAUGUAUAAAGGUUUAGUGUUUCCUUUUCCUUUCACUACUUGUUCUGACUGCAUUGGGGGACAGAUACAUUCAAAUGCUUCAUGCCUUUGAAUUAAAACUUGAAAAUACAAA